AUGGAGAAGACAAGCACCGGCCGGAGGCUUAUGGUUGCCGACAGUGAAAUCCCGCAUUUCCCUUUACUGAAACAAUUCGUUGGUGCCCAUAUCAAACCAACAAUGAUGAUAAUAACAGCACUUAUGAGAGGCGGUACACUUCAGAAGUACUUGUGGAGCAUCCGUCCUAGUUGUCCAGAUCUGAAGCGCUCUAUAAAUUUUGCAUUUGGAAUUUCUAGAGCAAUGGAAUAUUUGCAUGCAAAUGGAAUCAUUCACCGUGAUUUGAAACCCGGCAAUAUACUUCUCACAGAAGACAUCAAGAAAAUCAAGCUAGCUGACUUCGGGUUAGCAAGGGAUGAAUCAGAAGGAGAUAUGACAACAGAGGCUGGUACUUACCGGUGGAUGGCUCCUGAGUUGUUUAGCAUAGACCCACUAAAAUUGGGGUUGAAGAAGCACUAUGAUCAUGUGAUUGUCUACAGCUUUUCAAUGGUUCUAUGGGAGUUGCUAACAAACGUCACUCCAUACAAGGGGAGGAACAGCAUAAUGGUGGCAUAUGCUGCAGCUACUGUACGUCCUUUAGUUUUUAUUCUUUUUACUGUCUAACCAUUGUAUAUAAGCUCUUUGUAUUGCUAUGACAUUGCAUUUCCUAAUAUCCUGCAAAUAAAUGGAAACAUAUCAUUGUAUAAAUAAAUCUUAACCCUAUA